AUUGUUAUGGGGCGAUGAAGUGAAGUCAAAGUCAAACUGAAGCUCUGCGUGACCAAUAGAAAAUCGAAGUCUUGUUACCCUUUACUCACCGGUAUUAAUUGCUGUACUAUAUCCGUAUCGAAUAAUUUUUGCCUUUAUCUUUGCAUUAUUGGAUAAUUCCUUAUUAAAAUGGAGAAAGACGAAAUGGUGCAAAGAGCUAAGUUAGCUGAGCAAGCAGAGAGGUAUGAUGAUAUGGCUGCUGCUAUGAAAAGCGUGACAGAAACUGGUAUUGAACUGACAAAUGAGGAAAGAAACUUGCUUUCGGUUGCAUACAAGAAUGUUGUUGGAGCGAGACGUAGCUCAUGGCGUGUAAUAUCAAGUAUAGAGCAAAAGACUGAGGGCAGUGAAAGAAAGCAACAAAUGGCCAAAGAGUACCGUGAGAAAGUUGAAAAUGAACUGAGAGAGAUUUGCUAUGAUGUAUUGGGUCUUUUGGAUAAGUUCUUGAUUCCUAAAGCUAGCAAUCCGGAAAGCAAAGUCUUCUACCUCAAGAUGAAAGGAGAUUAUUACAGAUAUUUAGCUGAAGUGGCUUCUGGCGAUCAAAAAUCAAGAAAAGGUCAAUAA